AAAGUCUUUUCCACCACUCUGAAGGGAUUAAAAAACAGAAGGCUACUUCUUGAUACGGUCAACGAAAAAUCUGUCACAGCUAUCCCCACCACUGCAAAGACAUGGCGUUUCAGUGUGAAUACAGCAGCAUGAAGCAAACAACCUCAAGUGAGCAUUGGAGCGACCGGAUGCCCCAGGGCAUGGAUCUGGAGAUCACCAAUCACCCUCUGACCAUGAAGCAAGUCGUCCACUUGGUCAUCGCCAUUGACCGAUUAAAGGGCAGCCAGUCCGAGCAGGUCCAGAGCUCUGAGUUCAGAGAUGAGGACCUGCUCAACCUCUUGUUAGAGAAUGCAUUGGAUGAACAACUGGUGCUGGAGCUGACGGAGGCAGCGCCGCCCAGAGGCUUCACCGCGAACGAGCCGUCAGAGCAGUGCGCGUUGAGGGACCAGCAGAAGAGGAGCCUGGUCCUGGUGAAGGAGGCGAUGGAGCUGCAUGCCAUCAGACUCCAGGGCGGUACCACGGACCAUGAAGUGACUUUGAACAUGACAACCUACCUGGACCCCAGGCCGAGUGCUCCAGCCCAGCCAGCAGUUGCCCUGGGUAUCAGGGGCACCAAGCUGUACCUGUCGUGCACACAGACAGCAGACAGACCUACCCUGAAUUUAGAGGAGGUGGAGAACACGGACGACCUGAAAAGCAUCAGCAAGGACAGUGACAUGGUGCGCUUCCUUUUCUACAGAACUGAAGUCGGCGUCAGCGCCACCUCACUCGUGUCUGCCCGCUACUCCGGUUGGUACAUCAGCACCGCCACGGAGGACAAUUUACCAGUCGAAGUGUGCCUGCAGUCUGAAUCCCGCUACCGUAGUUUCACUAUCCUUCAGGGCUAGAUGUUUGUAUUACAAUGCAAUGCAUAAAAAUACACUUUUUAUGUAGGCCUACUUUUAUUUUAUAUAGGCCUAGUUAAAUCAUAUUUAUUCUCUUUACUGAAAUCAUAAUUACAUAUUUAUUUAUUUUUUUGCGUGUAUGUACUAAGUACAGUAACAUAAAACAAAAUAAUAGAUAGGCUAUCUAGAUAUUUAUUUAAUCAAAUCCUAUUUAUACACUUUAUUGAAAUCAAUGUCCAGUAAGUAUUUGGUGGCGAUGUAUGUGGGCUUUCGGUUUAGAGAAAGCCCCGGAGUCAUGUUUGACAAAGAAAAAUCGUAAUGCAGUCCGGUGUUGGUAAAGGUCAAUUGGAUGCAGAGAUGUAAAAAAGAAAAGGAAACAUUUGUUUUCCGUUUUUGAGUGUGUAUGUACUGAGUACAGUAACUUGGAGUGUAGUGGCUUAGUCAAAGUCAUGAAUGUGUCGCCAGAAUCCACAACAAGUAGGGCUAGACACGUCCUGCGAGCCCUGUGGUCUUACUUGAACACUGCAGGCAUAAAAUGCGCAAGAGCAGAGAACAACAUAAUAAAAGUUUCCAGUAUUACACCUAGUACCUAGGACAGUAGCUAUUUUAAGUAUUUAAAAUGUGAAAUGUAUUUAAUUUAGUGUAUACAAAUAAUAUUUAUGCAUUUAAGUAAUUUUUUGUAAUUAUUUAUUACAUGCUUACUAACACUGUUUUGCCUUAAUAAA